CGGAAGAGGGGGCGGAGAAGCGGGGUUUGGCCUGCCCGGGCGGUGGAAGCCGCGGUAGCUGUGGUACUGCUGGCGGACUUGGCGGGGCCCAAUGGCCUCCGCGAGCAUCGAUAUCGAGGACGCGACUCAGCAUCUCCGAGACAUCCUCAAGCUGGAUCGGCCGAGCGGUUCAGUCAAUGAAAACCAGAGAUCAUCCACUUCAUACAAUGGAGACCUGAAUGGUUUGCUGGUGCCAGAUCCCAUAGCAUCUGGAGAUGGAGCUUCCUUGACGAAGCCAGUACCCCAAGCAGUUCCUCUGGGAGCACUUCAGGAGAAGCAAGUCAUCUGCCUCUCUGGAGAUGAUAGCUCUACCUGUAUGGUGAUAACUGCUAAAGAUGUUGAGAUAGUAGCCAGCAGCGACUCUAGCAUCACCAGUAAAGCUAGAGGGAGCAACAAGGUAAAAAUCCAGCCAGUGGCCAGGUAUGACUGGGAGCAGAAAUAUUACUAUGGUAACCUGAUUGCUGUUUCAAAUGCCUACCUGGCAUAUGCCAUUAGAGGUGCCAGCAAUGGCUCUGCAAUGGUUCGGGUCUUGAGCGUUAGCACGGCAGAGCGAACCCUGCUGAAGGGCUUCACAGGUGGAGUGGCAGACCUGGCUUUUGCUCACCUCAACUCCAACCAGCUCGCUUGCCUGGAUGAAGCUGGCAACCUCUUUGUCUGGCGCCUGGCCAUGGAGAAUGGAAAAAUCCAAGAGGAGAUCCUGGUAAACAUCAAGCGACCUGAUGGGACUCCUCUGAACAGCUCCCGGAGGAUCAUAUGGUGUCCCUUCAUCCCAGAUGAGAAUGAGGAGAGCUGUGAGGAAGGCAGUCAGACCCUGGCACUCUUACAUGAGGAUAGGGCAGAGGUUUGGGACCUUGAUAUAAUCCGAGCCAAUCAUAAUUCAUGGCCAGUGGAAGUGACCAGCAUCAAAGAGGGCUUUAUUGUGGUAAAAGGUCACAGCACGCGUCUGAGUGAGGGAGCCCUUUCGCCAGAUGGAACUGUCUUGGCCACCGCAAGCCAUGAUGGCUUUGUCAAAUUCUGGCAGAUUUACAUAGAAGGGCAGGAUGAACCAAGGUGCCUGCAUGAAUGGAAGCCUCAUGAUGGUAGACCUCUCUCCUGCUUGCUGUUCUGUGACAACCAUAAAAAACAAGAUCCAGAAGUUCCCUUCUGGAGGUUUCUCAUCACAGGAGCAGAACAGAAUCGAGAGCUGAAGAUGUGGUGCACUGUAUCAUGGACCUGCCUACAGACUGUCCGGUUUUCUCCGGAUAUAUUCAGCUCCAUGAGUGUCCUUCCUAGUUUGAAGGCCUGCCUGGAUCUCUCAGCUGAAUACCUGAUUUUGAGUGAUGUGCAGAGAAAGGUCUUGUAUGUGAUGGAACUUGUGCAGAACCAGGAAGAGGGCAAAGCUUAUUUCAGCUCCAUCUCAGAGUUUCUGCUGACCCAUCCAGUCCUGAGUUUUGGCAUCCAGGUGGUCAGCCGCUGCCGACUGAGACACACAGAGGUCCUGCCAGCGGAAGAGGAGACCGAUGGCCUUAGUGCAGAAGGUACUCAAGGUACUGGAGCGGUAGAAUCAGCAGCAGGGGUGCUUAUCAAACUCUUUUGUGUCCACACCAAGGCCCUUCAGGAUGUGCAGAUCAGAUUCCAGCCUCUUCAUAGUCCAGACACAGCUGCUCCAAUUCCUCCCCAUGGCUCCCAUGAAGAUUUUGCAUUCCCAGAUCACCUUGCUGACCUGGGCGCAGAAGGGCUUGGAUCAGAGAAGGGAUCCGUGCAUGGCUCACAGCCUGACUUGCGCCGCAUUUCAGAGCUAUCUGUUCCCGUGGAUUUCCUCUCCCCUUCCAAUGACACAAAACCCAAGCUCAUGACUCCAGAUGCAUUCAUGACUCCCAGUACAUCUCUGCAGCAGGUCACGGUGUCACCUGGAAGCAGCAUUAGUUCCCUCACAGCUGUCACAACCAUGAGCACUUCUUCCGUCAGUGACCCCUCCAUUCCCAGGCCGGCUGAAGAAGUGUCUCUGAGCCCAAAGAUGCAGCUGGAUAGUAGCCUUACCCUAAGCGGCAGCAGUGGAAGUCUGCAGACAAGCCCUCGAAGUCAUUCAGUCCUCCUCCCUGGCCUUCCUGACAAACUGACUCCAAAGGCCCCCAUCCCGGUUUCCCCAGGGAAUGCCCCUCUUGCGCUAGAGCGGCAGGAAGUGGAGCCUCUGGUGGUGCCCCAGUCUUCGCCUACUCGUGAGCGCUCCCCAGACGUCAUUUCCUCUGCCUCUACCGCCAUGUCUCAGGACAUCCCAGAGAUUGCCUCUGAGACCCUGCAGCGCAGCUUUGGAGGCGGCCCACCUGGGCUCCCUACAGAGAUCCUGGAUUCCAACCAUCACGCGGACAGUAUGGCUUCCGCAGCAUCAGCCUUGCACUUGCUCUCCCCGCGGAAUCGUCACAGCUCGGAGCACAGCCAUCACUCCUUGGACAUGGCCCCCAAUGAAGUGGACAUGCUGACUGCGCCUUCGCUGCUGGAGGCAGCCUUACCUCAGGAAAACGUGGCUUCUGACGCUGGCGUGAGCCAACCAUGGCCAGCUGCCCCUGACAUCACCAGGGAGACCAGGAACAGCAUGGCAGACAGCCCCAGGAAUGAAGUGGAAGAAAAACACAAGAGCUCCUACCACAGGCACAGCUACCACCUCCUGCAGCAUGACAGCCAGGAUGCCAGCGCUGAACAAAGUGACCAUGAUGAUGAAGUUGCAAGCUUGGCUUCUACGUCUGGUGGAUUUAGUGCCAAAGCAGCUGCACAGCGCCUGCCUGUGAAGGACUGGAAAGCCAAAGUGUCGCCUCGAGCCUCCCCAAAGCUAAAGAGGAAGGGGAAGAAAGAUGAUGGGGAUGUGCAACAGUCCCCAAGAUCCUUUGAUCAGCAGGUCGCUCCUGAGUACCAGGAUGAGCUGUUGUCUCUUCUGAGGACCCAGCAGAGGGAGAUUGUUGAACUGAGACAGAACCAGAUGGAACUCAUGCAGAGGCUCACCGACCACCUGGAUGCUGUGCAGAGCUCCCUCAUGGGCCACAUUGAGCGAGUGGUGGAUUCCCAGCAAGAGCAGGAGCAGCGGAGGCUGGACCAGGCCUUAGCUGAGGGACAGCAGCGCAGUGGGCAACUGCAGGAGCAUCUGUCCCAGCAGCUUUCCCAGUCCCUCUCCACGGCUGCCUGCAACCGGCUGGAAAGGACCAUCCGCGAGGAGAUGAAAAAGACGGUGCCCCCGUGCGUUUCCAAGACUUUGGAUCCCAUCACUGGGCAGCUGAAUAACACCAUUGCCACUAAGCUGACAGCCAUUGAGGGAACACUGAAGGAGAACGUCACCAAACUGGUGAAAUCAAAGAACCUUACAGAUGCCAUUGCCCGGGCGGCUGCCGAUGCCUUGCAGGGCCCCAUGCAGUCGGCAUACAGGGAGGCGUUCCAGAGUGUGGUGCUUCCUGCUUUUGAGAAGAGCUGUCAAUCAAUGUUCCAGCAGAUCAAUGACACCUUCAAGCAAGGCACACAAGAAUAUAUUCAGCAGCUGGAGAGCCACAUGAAGAGUAAGAAAGCGCGAGAGCAGGAUGCCCGGGACUCUGUGGUGAGCCAGCUGCGGCAGCUGGUCAACAACUUCCAGAGCACAACUGAUCAGCUGGCAGCCACCAUUACGGCCAGCAUGCACUCCGAGGUGCAGCAUCAGCUUCAUGUCAUCGUGGGCAACAUGCAGGAGUCCAUCCUGGCCCAAGUUCAGCGGGUGAUCAAAGGGGAGGUGAGCAUGGCCAUGAAGGAGCAGCAGGCUGCUGUCACCUCCAGCAUCAUGCAGGCCAUGCGCUCUGCUGCCGGCACUCCAAUCCCUGCCACUCACCUCGACUUCCAGUCCCAGCAGGCUCACGUGUUACAGCUGUUGCAGCAGGGGCACCUGAAUCAAGCCUUCCAGCAGGCUCUCACUGCAGCAGAUUUGAACCUAGUCCUCUACGUCUGUGAGACAGUUGACCCUCAGCAAGUGUUUGGGCAGCAUCCUUGCCCACUGUCCCAGCCUGUCCUCUUGUCUCUCAUUCAGCAGCUCUCCUCAGAUUUGGGAGCUCGGACAGAACUGAAACUGAAUUACCUGGAGGAGGCAGUGAUGCAUCUAGACCACAGUGACCCCAUCACCCGCGACCACAUGGGCUCUGUGAUGAACCAAGUGCGGCAGAAGCUCUUCCAGUUCCUGCAGGCAGAGCCUCACAACAGCCUGAGCAAGCCGGCCCGCCGACUCAUGAUCAUGCUUCAAGGCCUGGUCACACCCAGCAUGUCCUAACAAGGCUCGAGCAGCCUCUCCACAAGGGCGUCAUCAUUGCUAACCAAAUGUGGCUUUUUCUUUUCUUUUUCUAAUGCUCUUGCUGGGAAAAUACGUCCGCGCUACAGAUGUGUGGGAUGGAUAGAAGGGUCUGAGCCCCAGCUGUGUUAGCCCCAUAUAAUCCAGUUUUCUGUGUGAGCAGACCAUGGCCCUACCCACCACCUGCCUCUCUUUGUACUGUACAAGUUAGAUGCGCAGACACUAAUCCCAUCUUCCUCCUAUUUUCUAGCUUGGAGCCCCUCCCCAAGAAUUUGAGGGGUUUGGCAGAGCUUGGCCAGCCUUGCCCUUUUGUUUCAGGAGUACCCUGCCAAGGUAGUCAGAGGUCAAAGGUGCCAGCAGGUUGUGAGUCACAGCAGCCAUAGUGAAGUAUUGCCUCCACCUGCGCAGCUUGUGGGUGAGGGAUGAAAAGUUCAUGAAGCCCACCCAUCCUGGGAAGCAGCGUUGGUUCUUUGUGUGGUGGAGCAUGUUCAUGAGUUAGACAACUCCUUUCAUCAUUAUUAUUAUUUUGCUUUUACACCACUUUUUUCCUUUUUAUCUAGACUCUUAAUCUUUCAUUUUUGAAUAAUGUUUAACAAGUUCAAUAAAUGACUUUUUUGGAGGAAAAAAAACCUGCUUCUGUUUCGUUCUGGGCCUGGUGGGGGAGCUCACUCUCUUAGUCAGCGCUGGUCACACUGCAACUGAUGAGUAGGAAACUUUGAGGCCACUGACCCGAUAUGGCCUACAGCACUCCUCCUCACCCUCACCCCUGCAUGCUGCAAUUAGGCCUGAAAGCAGCCUUUGAGCCAAUAGGAAGCUGUUUUCAAGCCUAAUUGCUUUGGGGAGGACCCUUGUGGGGUUGCCUUUAGGCAGGUAAGGGGUAACCCUCUCUGUGUGCUGUGCCUCUGCCAAAAUCCUCCCCAAGUAGUCUUGGAAAAGAAGCUUCAUUGUCCGAGAGGCUGUUCUCAAAUCCAGGGUGGGGACUUGAAGCCUAAUUGCCUCUCCUUAGGGGAUAGUCUCCAAGUUUGAUCGUUGCUGCUGGGUGUGUGUGUGCGUGUGUAAAAGAGAAUUAGUGGGGCAUUGAUAUGUAUGAACAAAUGUACUUAUUGGCAAGCAGCCCCUGGAAGGUUAGCUAUGAAGAAAUGUGACCUUUGGCUGAGAGAUUUAAUCCCCACCAUCACCCAUCCUCAAGGAGGAUUCUGACUCCCUUUUUAUGCCUGAAGCUGCCAAACCAGAGUGAUAUCAGGUAAAUUGGAAAGGCUUUUUUUUUAAGCAAGACUGCUUGUUGAAGGGGCAUUUCCUCCCCCUCUCCCAGUUAUCGCAGCCAGAGGGCCCCUCUCCAUGAACCCUGUUGAAUGUACAAGUCAUUCAUUCAAAGAGAAGCUUCAUCAUGCCAUGUUUAUUUAGUCACAGCCUUAGCUAUUCCUGUUGCCUCUUCCUCAUGGCAUCCCUCAUUACACUGCUAUCAGUUCCACAGUGGGAAGCCUCUGUGACAUCUGACAUGCAUUUUCCUGGAGUGAACCUUCAGCAGUCUUCUUACCCCAGCCCUCCUUUUAAAUCCGUCUCUAUCCUUGUCAGUGUUGUUCUUUAGGGACACAAACCUGAUACAAAACAACCACAGCUAGAAUGUAAUGUACACUUUUGCCGACACUGGAACAUCAAGAAGGAUACAGAUGGCCCAGACUGAGAGGGGAUGCACAGUGUCAAUGGCUGAAAUUUAAUUAAUUCAGCCACACCCCCAAAAUUAAAGUAAACAACUGCAGGUCACCAGCUGUUGGCUCCUUCCUCAGUAUUUCAUUAGUUCAAUGCAUCUCCCCUUUUUGUGACUCUCUAGAGCCCCCAGUUGCUCCCAACCCAAGAAGCAAGAAAGCCAUUUAACAGGCUUUAUAGCUGUGACAAACCAAUGAGAUUAUUCCUGUUGCCAGGGCAUCAAGCUUUUUGUGGGCUAAGGCAGAUGUUGCAGCAUCCAACAUCCCUGGGAUACAUUUUUUUUAAUCACAAGUAGAACAAGAAAGCUGCUGUGGAGAGGGUUUUUCUUUCACCAGAACACAUGGUGCUGUUUGAAUGCUGGAGCGUGCUUUUUUUUCUUGUUCUUCCUACCACUGUCUAAAAUGUGCUUGGGACCACUUUGCAAAUCUGCUUUUCCACCUGCGCACAUGCAGUGUACUCUGAAGCAAUACUUGCUAUGAGUUUCUUAUGGUUUCUUCUGCAACCUGGAAAACCUAACAAGUCAUCAUAUAAACCCAACAGAUCAGUAAUUCCAAAGUUCAAAACAAACUCAUGGGAGCUGUUGAUGUAGAUGAUGCAUGUUUACAUGCACAAUAAAAUUCCACUGUACAUCCUGAAGGUUAAGCCAAUCCUUGUAAGGCCUUAAGAUAGUAUGUAAUCUCAUAUACAGGAUUAUUCCAUUUGUUUUUAUACCAGAGCAUCACAUCUGACUCCUGUAACAUUUUUCAUUUUUGUACAAUAGUUAAAUGCACAGCAACUAGUAAAAAUUUACAAGUUAUUUA